AUGGAUUUCAUCAUGGCUUCCGGUGCGCGCGCACUAAAAGUAUAUACUAUUAAGGUUAAGAAGAAGAAGAAGAAGAAUAAGAAUAAUGAAAAGUAA